AUACUGCUAAAAACCCACAAAAGCCUUUUAGCAAAGGCCUGAGGUAAAACUUCACGCUUGCUUCGGGAAAGCAACGCAUUUCCAAGCAAAAGCUGGGACUGUUCCUUUAAGCACAACCCCAAUAUGUCUGGGUAUUUCAGCACAUAUGGGCCACGGUGGUUAAACCCUACCCAGCUGGUCCGUCCAUUCUGCCGCGAAGCCUCCUGUCUUUGUUCGUGGCUAAAAGGGAGGGUGGUGAGAGACGGAGCAAGCUGUGAGUGCUGCGGGUUGCAAUCCUGCAAAGGCAGCCUGCAGGGCAGCGGGAGGAGGUGGCAUGCAGCCGGCAGCCCGCUUUGCUGCGCCGGAGGGGAUGGGGGCUGCGAGAAAUUUUCCAUAGGGGAGACCGUGUCCUUGGCGCAAUGAACUCAAAGGGGCCUUCAAACAGCCCUUGGCACUUUGUUCUGUGUUUUCAGCCCUUCUUUCCCUUCCCCCCCUCCCCUGUCCUUUUGUCAUUUUUCAUGCUGGAUGUCACGCGCCACGGGUCACUAUUCCCCCCGGCCCAUGGGGACAGGCCCUUGCAGAGGGCACUGCUGGGCGGCAGCGGGAUGGAGGGAUUUGGGAGGGCCUUCCCCACUCCAGGGAGAAGGGAAUGCUGCUGCCUGUCCUGAGGGGUGCUCGGGUGCUUUGGCCACCCCAGCGAGGGGCACAGCGACACUGACCCCCCCCCCCUGCAAGGCCUCUGCAGUGCUAUGCCGGGGAGAGGAGCUUUGUUCCUUUCUUCCUCAUGGGCAGCCUAAAUACCUUCUUAAUUUCAUCUCAUUAUUCCCUGCCUAAAUAAUUCCUCUUCCUCCUGGGGACCGUGUUUAAAACUUUGAUCUCCUCUGAUGACUCGCGGUCCUGAGCACAUCCUUUCUGUUUAAAUGGAUCAAAUGCCUUUUUGACUCAUGAUUUAUAGAUCUGCCUGCCAAGGAGUUCAGGCAGUACAAUACAGCAGCCUCAAAAAAAAAAAAAAAAAAAACCCACGGUGUCUCUGGCCUGAGCCCAGCGCUCAGGGCUGACCCAGAGCCGCAUGCGAAGGGCUGCCUAGCUUCUCAUCAGCAUUAUUGCUGUUCUCAUCCUCCCCUCGUCCCCUCUGCUCUGCUGACGGAUGGCGUUGCUUGGGCUCAAGCCCAGCCAGGGAAUUGCCAUCCCCAGGUCAGGAGCGGGUGAACGUGCCCGAGGCUGAUGGAUGCCUUUCCCCAGGAUGGGGUCACAGCUGGUGUGCUGUGCAGCCCUGGCCCCUGUGUGCUCCCCAUCUCCCAGGGGUACUGCUGACAUGGAGCGCAGCUGGAAGGAUGGAGAUGAGCGGCCAUGUAGGUGUCAGCGUGCUGAGGCUGAUGGUGGAGGAAGGCUGGUGUUACUGGGAGGUCAGUGCUGGAUGAACCAUGUGGCUUCUUGGGGGAUCUGUGGGCUUCCUGGGGCAGGAGAACUGCCCUGGUCUUGGUCUUGAUGACACCUGAGCAAGGUGGGAGAGAUCCCUCCCCUCCCAGUUCAUUUGGCACCAACUAAUUGAGCUCCAUGGGGGCGGACACGCCACGAAUGGGAUGUGUGUCUGGUGCCCACCAGCCCUCACAUGGCUCCAGCGAGGCUGGGCAGGGGCAGAGAGCCUGGCCAGACGUUGUUGUUGUUAUUACCCCUUCGUAUUUGGAGGCACUUAAUGACCUUGGCAUGGAGCAUUUCCUGGGAAUUAAUGGCCAGUUGGCGUUAAUGGUCCUUAGCGGCACCUCGGGCCAUCGGCUCCUCCCAGCCCAUCAUUAAUCCACAGGAAAUGUCUCAGGCAUCGAUCCUCAUUGCUUAAUUAAUAAACGCAUCUCGUCUCCCCGGCUGAGAUUUAGAGACAUUGGCUGCUUCUUUCCCCACCUCCUGGAAGGUGCCUUGUUCGAGCAGAGGUCUUUCCCACACCUGGCUUUAUUUUUCGAGGCCUCUGUGGCUGUGUGCUUCCCGGCUUCUGGCAGCACGGGCUGUGAAGCCCAGCACCAGGAUGCUGCCGACGCGGGGCCGGAGCACACAGUGUCUCCAGCUCUUAUCAACAGUUGGCUUGUGCUGCCGGUGCCGCAGUAUAAAUCACGUUAAUUCCUGAGGUACUUUUCCGUGGUGAGCCUGAAAUUCCCAUUUUGGUUUGCUGUCUUGCCUGGCGAACUAAAUUAUUUUCAUAGCCCCUUAAGGGCAUAUUGUCAGCCCAGACUUACUGCCAUUAUACACCAUAUCUGAAACAUUAAUAUCUCUUCUAAAUAUAGUGUAUUGACAAGGUAUCUGCUAUAGUGUAAAUCCUUGGGACAUUUGAUCCAGAUCAUUAAAACCGAGUGAAGGAAAGGAGGAAUAGAUCAAGUUACCUUGCUGCUCUUAAUUCAAACAAGCGAUGAAUUAUUCAUUCCGCUAUUAAUUCUGCAGUCCUCCUGCUUUUUUAUUUAUUUCUCCCCGUAUUUAUUUUUUCCCUUCCGGACAGACAGCUCUGGAGCGAUGCUCGGGCGGCGGUGACGACAGGAUGGGGUGCGGGGCCGCGGGCUGCGUGCUGGUUCUGGCCCUGCUCUGCACGGUGCUUGGUGUGGCCCCAAGCGGAGGUAAGGGCCUGUGCACAGCGGGGAUGGGGCUGGAGCUGGGGAUGGCUCGGCAGCACGGGAUGUGCAGGUACGUGGGAUGGAGAGUCCUUGGUCAUGCUUAUUUUACUGAAGGCGGUAGGUAGGGGUUGUCUUGUGGCUACCUUGCACUUUGCUGAAGGGUUUGUUAGCUUUUGGAGUUUUCCACACAUAUAUGCACACCAGUAUAUAUAUGUGUGUGUGUAUGUAUACGUGUGCAGGUUGCUGUGUAUGCAACAAAACCCGCGUGUUAUCAGUAUAAUGUGACCCCCAACACAGGCCGCAGCACUCCGUGGGGCUGGGGUGGGACAGAUUAGCCUAUUAUUUCAGCCAACUGGCAAUAUCCCUCCCCAAAAUGCAGAGCACCCCAGGCACCCCGUCCUUAGUGACCCACCCCUCCUGCAGGCUUCCCUCUUGGAUAUGAAUUCCAAUAACGUCAGUCCUUUAGCACAGUCCUGUAUGGCUUGAUUGCCUAUCCCUGGUAAUUAGCAAGGCACAGAGAUCCACCAGCAUUGCUGCUCAUGCACACGCGCAUGUGCACACCAGAACUGCUCGCAGUGCAGCACCGUGCACAUCCACAGCUCCCUCCCUUGCCGGGUCACCACACCAGCAAGUGUAAUGAACAGCAGUGUGCCAUGGCCGAGUAUUGAUUCGCACAUGCUUGGCCCAGAUUGAUGGCAGCGAGCAUGCAGCCAUGUUUGGGAACCUGCACGUGCUCCCCAGAGGCUAUGCGGGGCCUGAUCCCCUCUCAGAUGUGAUGUCUGUGCCCACUGUGCAGCAUACGCAGCCAGCCCUGGCUCCCUCCCUGCCUGCCUUAUUUCAUUAUAACCGUGUCUCAGUAUAAAGAUUUCAUUAGAAAAUCAAUCCCUACAUGCACAACUCAUUGUGAAGCACAUCAAACCCUUCAUCCCUGUAUCUCCCGGCCUGAAUUCACCGAUACCACCUUUGUAUGUAAGGAUUGUUUUCAGCAGAUGUCAAAAAGCUGAAGGGAUGGGCAGCCCACGGGCUGACCCCACAUUUAACAUUUCUGUCUAGAGCUCCUAUAAUCGGGGAGCUGAGGAGCACCUCUUGUCCAGAGGCUCUGUGGGGCAGGAUGCUGCAGCUGUGCCCCACUGGCACAGGAUUGGGACAGGGCUGCCUUAGCCCUGCUGCCUUGCCUGCAGGUGCUGGAUUUCCCCCUCUGGAGCUUCUGAAAAAAGGAGAAUGCAUUCCUGGCUGAGAACCAGCUAGAGUGUAACCACUGCUCUCUUAAAAUUUAUCUUUACUUUCUUUUUGCCAGCAAGAAAUAGAUACUAACACUGAGCUGUAGGUGGACCAGCAGGAGGAGCUCAUGGAAAUUGUCAAGUGUGGGAGUCCAUCACUCAGCAGGGCUGGUGUGGGGUGGAGGUGGUGGUUACACAGAAGGAAAAAUGGCAAUGGAGAGAACACGUGUACUGCAGGUCUCCCUGGACACCUCUUCUAGGGCUGGGUGGUAUUUUGGCAGCACUGGUGUUAGUAUGGAGCUGUGGUGGGAUGGAGCUGGUGCUGUCUUGUCCAGUCUCACUGCCUAGCUACUGUCUUUUUAGGCGUUUCCUGGAAAGGGAUUCAUCACAUCUGCCUCCCACCCCUCUUUCUUGUCAUUCAGGCAUCAAAUGUGGUGGGGUGCUCUCAGCACCCUCUGGCAACUUCUCCAGCCCCAAUUUCCCAGGGCUGUACCCCUAUGAGACGGAGUGCACCUGGCUGAUUGUGGUGGCCGAGGGCUCCUCUGUCCUGCUCUCCUUCAGCCACUUUGAGCUGGAGUACCACGCUGCCUGCGCUUACGACUAUCUCCAAGUCUACAAUGGGGCAUCCCGGGACCAGGGGAACCUCCUGGGCACCUUCUGUGGCCGUAGUGCCCCACCGCCUUUCGCUUCUGCCUGGCACGUCAUGGCUGUGGUCUUCCGCUCUGACCGGCACGUGGCCAAGCGUGGCUUCGCCGCCACCUACCACAAAGAUGCAUGUGGUGGGCAACUGACGGGGCUGUCUGGAGAGAUCACCAGCCCACGGUACCCCGAGAGCUAUCCCAAUGACGCAGAGUGCCGCUGGAGCAUCAGAGCGACUGGUGGCCCUCUCACUCUGGUCUUUGCUGACUUCCAAGUAGAGGGUGGCCAGGGCUGUGGCUUCGACUACGUGGCCCUUUUCGAUGGCCCCACUGCCACCGCCCCCAACCUGGGUCGCUACUGUGGCAGUGCCCGCCCGCCCCGCACCAUCUCCUCCACCCAGCACCUCUUCAUCCUCUUCAAGUCAGACUUCAACAUCGUGGGCAGGGGCUUCAAGGCCCAUUUCUACUCAGGUGAGUGCCAGGAAGUCUACACUACCAUCAAGGGAAAUUUCUCCAGCCCUCAGUACCCCAACUUCUACCCCAACAACCUCCAGUGUCAGUGGAGCAUCCAGCUGCCCCCGGGCUACCGGAUCAAAGUCUUCUUCUUGGACUUGGAGCUGGAGGCUCGGAGCAGCCUGACCGGUGGCUGUGACUACGACCGCCUGGAUGCCUUCGAUGGCAGAGCUGAGAAUGCCUCCCUGCUGGGGACGUGGUGUGGGAGGGAGAGCCCGAUGCCUGUCACCUCCCGUGGCCAUCAGCUGCUGCUGGUGCUCCGCACGGACCGCAGCAUGGCCAAGCGGGGUUUCUCCCUUGCCUAUGUCGGAGUUGUGCCCAUGAACAUCAGCUGCACGCGGACAGACUUCCACAUCCAGAUCCCCAUGCAGGCCCUGGCCCAGCUGCAGAGGAACAAGGUGUAUUUGGGGAUGCCCUCCUGUGCGGCUCAGGUGGUUGGUUCACACUUCAGGAUACACACCCGGUUCGACACAUGCGGCACUGAGUCCCAGAGACGAAACAACACGUCCAUCAUUGUCAGCACACUCUACAUCGACUUCUCGGCGGGCGACCAGGAGGACAUCCACCAGUAUGAGGUGCAGUGCGAGCCCAAGAGGAAGGAAGCCUCCGUGUCCCUCAUCGCUGGCCCCGACCCACACAGGCUGAGCCAGGCAGAAAACAUGGUGGAUGUGCAGCAGAGGGGGGCGGGAGUGAUGGAUGCCCACGAAGCCAAGAGCCAGGACACCAGCGACAUCGUCUUCAUCAGCAUCUGCAUCCUGGCUGGGCUGCUCAUGGUCAUUGCUGUGGUCGGGCUCGUGCUGCUGUAGCAAACUCAGGUUGGAAAUGUGCCCCCCAAAACCACUCUUGUCCCAAGUUUAGCACUAACACAGCUGCUGAAAUGCAGACAGUGAAAUGAAGCCUGAGCCCAACCUCCACCUUGUCUCCAUGCCUGAGAUCUGGGCCGCAGGCAGCCAUUUCCCUUCCCAUCAGUUUUCCUCUGUCUCUCAAUCUGUCCAUUUGGCUCAGGAAUGCACUUCUUGUGCUCCGUAACUAUUCCCGCACCUGCUUCAAUUUGUUUUCCCUCUGGUGCUUCUACUUUCAGGAAAGUAACACUGUUUGCUGAUGGCUGGAAGUAUUCCUGGCAAUUACUGAAUUCCUGAACAUAGCAGCU